AAUGAAAGUGGCAUUGAUAGGAGUCCCUUUCAUAUCUCAUGGUUCCGCUUUCUUCUCUCUUUAUAUCUCUCCCUUUCUCUCUUCUUCAUUCUCUCAAUAAAACCCCGUCGUUCUCCGCUACUUUUCACUAUCUCUCUCAACCAAAAACAUGAAAGCUAGGGUUUGUGAGUUAUGCGGCCACCAAGCCACUAUCUAUUGCGCCUCCGAUUCCUCGUCCCUCUGUUCCACUUGCGAUUCCAACGUCCACCAGGCUAACUUCCUCGCUGCACGCCAUCUCCGCCGUCAUAUCUGCUCUCUCUGCGAUUCUCUCUCCGGAAUCCCCUUCUCCGGCCCCGCUUCACCGCAUCUCCGCAACGUCUGCGACUCAUGCUCUCUGAGAAAGGAGGUCGAGUCCGUUCCAUGCUCUCUGUCGCUGUCUUCUUCCUCGGCUUGCCUUUCGAGCACCAAAUCGUUCGCUGAGAAGAAAUGCCUCGAUGGUGCUGCAGCUAAGAUCGCCUCAUCAAGCAUAGUAACAGCUGAUUCCGGCGACGCAACAAAUAGGCCGACGAGGAGAGGAGAGAAAUCAAAACCGAGGACCGCGAUGGAGGCAAAGUCGGAGGAUAUUUUCGUAAAUUGGUUGAGAAAGUUGGGGCUUAAAUUGAAUGGCGGUCAGUCGGUGGUUUCAUCUGCGAGUCGUGCUUUCGAACUUUGUUUGGAUAGAUCACCGGUUAUGCCUCUGCGGUGGAGCUUAGCGGCGUCGUUUUGGUUGGGCGUGAGGUCGUGUGGAGACCGUUCGUUGGCCACGUGGCAGAAUCUGAGAAGACUCGAGAAGGUAUCAGGUGUACCAGCCAAGUUAAUCGUGGCCAUCGGAUCGAGACUCGUGCUUGAUCUAAGGGCCAGGAGUGCAGGGCCGCGGCUUGAUUUGGAAGAAGGUUGGGCCGAGUCGUGAGUUGUGGGGUGGCAGCAAGCCACGUGUGUGGAAAUGUUUGUAGUUAAAUAGAGUUCAAGGAUCUUACUAUGCAUUUGAUUAAUUUGGGUUAAACUGAAACAAAAUAUAAUUAGGGUUACCAGGAUUUUGGAAAGGGAAGAUUUGUUUUACGAUGGAUUGAAUUGAAUGUAUUUAUAACAUGAUCUAGUGCUGCUAAAGAAAAAAUGUUUGAGAUUCCAAAUUUUAACCCUCA